AUGGGAAUUAUCGACUUUAUCAAGGAUAUCAUCCGCCCCGGUAACGGGGUGGACUAUCCCAAAAGUGGCGACAUGGUGACCGUUCACUAUCACGGGUAUUUGUACGAUCCGACGCGGUCGUGGAAUAGGGGGCGUCGAUUCGACAGCAGUAUCAAAAGGGGAUAUCCGUUUACGUUCCAGAUUGGAAUGGGCACGGUGAUUAAAGGAUGGGAGGUUGGUAUUCUCGGGAUGAGUCUUGGUGAAAAGUCUCUACUUACUUUUGGCCCGCAUUACGGAUAUGGUGAAAAGGGAGCGCCUCCUUUUAUCCCCGGGAACUCGACUCUUGUUUUUAAUGUCGAGCUGUUAGCGAUCAAUGGUCGGACUCUUCAGUCGGAGGACUCUGACUGA